AUCUAUCCAGAUUAAACGUUCCGACCGACGGCCGACCGAUAGCAAACAGUCACAGUGUGAACCUGCAGCCAGCAACGGCAACAACAAAAGCAACUUAAAGCGCAACCGGUUCCUGCCCGGCCGACGCACGGCACGCCGAACGCGAAAGGAGGUAAAAAGGUUCAUUAAGCAACACCGGCAACUCCAAAAAGAUCCAACAGGGAGAUGGCACCUAAUUAAUACUCGAUGAGAGCUGUACGAGUGGAAAAUGGUGAAGCAUAAGAGCCCCUUUUGCUUCCGACUAUCGAACAUUCUGACGGCUUCGUUCCGGUUCCGCAGUCGGCCAGCGGCGAACCGUGUCCGUCGCAGUCACGCAGUGCAGUGGAAAACCGUUCAGCUGUUGUUGAUUCUGCUGGUGUACUUCAACGGAUUCACCAGCGGCAGUUGGUGGCGUGUUGCUGACCUUUCGUUGGAUGUCAAACAUUUUCAUCGGGACAACCGGAGUUUCGAGAUCUGUAGUGAAAACGGUUACUUCACCCAGCAUCAGCGGGAAAUCUGCUACAAUAAUCCGGAACUGCUGAAGGUUAUCGUAAAUGCUGCAAAUAUUGCUAAAUAUGAGUGUCAAAACUACUUCCAGAACAGUCGAUGGAACUGUUCAGUAAAGCGUGGAUCUGAAGUUUUCUAUGGCAACUUCGAUGACAAAGGUAAUCGCGAAACGGCCUAUCUUAGUGCGAUAAAUUCGGCGUCGCUAGCCUGGACAAUCACCAGGUACUGCACCAAGGGAGAGCUGACUAUGUGCACCUGCGAUCACAUCCAGCGCAAAAAACAUAGCAAAUGGACCUGGGGCGGCUGCUCGGAGGAUGUCAACUACGGCAUCAAGCAGGCACGACAGUUUGUCGAUCCCCAGGAAGAUCGCUCCACCAGUUUUGGAUUGAUGAAUCUGCAUAACAGUGAGGCUGCUCGAAGAACUUUGCGAGCUAAAAUGCAGAAAGUAUGUAAAUGCCACGGAAUGUCCGGCUCGUGUACAACACGAGUGUGCUGGCGACGGUUACCACCUAUGAAACUGAUGGCAGAAACACUUGGUUCAAUGUUCGAUGCCGCUGCUCUAGUCAAACCGGUUGAAAACAAAGGCGUCAUCAAAAAACUGAAACGAAAGGAUUCACAAUAUAAAAAAGUGAAUAAAUCCGAUUUGGUGUACAUUUCCGAUUCGCCCGAUUAUUGCGAGGAAAAUGAAAGCUUGGGUAUUUUCGGUACGAGAGGACGAUUCUGCAAUCGGACAUCCUACGGCAUCGAGGGUUGCCGGUUGCUAUGCUGCGGCCGUGGUUACCAGACGCGAAUCAGAAAUGUCGAGGAAAAGUGCAACUGCAAGUUCGUCUGGUGCUGCUCGGUCAAAUGUGACACGUGCAGUGUCCGAAAGGACGAAUACAUCUGCAACUAAACACGGCCGGCGACAACUGCGUGACUUAUCCCACCCACUAAAUUAUAACCCAAUGGAGCUGGAGAGGAGAAACAGUGUAACGAAUUGAUCGAUGUAAAUUAUUGCCAUUGUUUGCCGCGACUAUAGAGGAAAGUAUUCCGACAAAUUCAUUGCA